CAUUUACUCUACGAAAGAUGGCGACCACCAAAUCAAAGAAUGUGCGAGAAAAUGAACAAAAGCUACUGGAUGCUAUUGUGAAUGGCAAUCUUGAUGAGGUCAGGACACUUUUGAAAGAUCCAGAUGUCAGGGUGGACUUUACAGAUGAGACCGGGAUGACCCCACUACAACAUGCAGCCUUCAGAGGACAUAAAGAAAUGGUGGAGCUCUUCUUAGCUAAUGGAGCAAAUGUAAAUUCAGAUAAACAUGAAAAUUCUUACUCCACUUUGAUGUUUGCAGCUUUAUCAGGUAACGCUGAAGUGACUCGACUAGUUUUAGAAGCUGGAGCAAAAGUUGAUCACGUUAACUCUGUUGGUCGCACUGCAGCACAGAUGGCAGCUUUUGUUGGUCAGCAUCAGUGUGUGUCAGUGAUCAAUAACUUUUUCCCAAAAGAACAACUCUUGUAUUUUACCAAGCCACAAGGUUUGGAAAAAGAACCAAAACUUCCCCCUGAGAUGGCCCCAGCUCUCUGUAAAAUGAUAAACAUGCCAGAUCUUCACCCUGUCAAGUUAUGUAUGUAUCUCCAAGACCAUCCAGGUCUUCUUGAGGCCUAUCAAGGGAUUGUAAGAUUAUUUGAAAUUUUGUGUGAACGGAGCAUGAAAGCUAGAGACACCAAUGAUAUCUUUGCCAUGAAGACUCAUUAUUAUUCAGUGCUUUUUAAAACAGCUGGGAAAAUGUACAAAGAGAAAGGAAAUAUUGACAGUUUCAUAAAAUCCUUAAUAAGAGGAAGAGAAAGUGAUGGUUUUCCAGAAUUUCAGGAGAAAUUUCUUCGACAAGUUUUACGAGAAUUUCCUUACGCAGAGUCUGAGCUCCUGCAACAGAUGGUGCGGAAUUUAGCCAACACACAAAUAGGAGAUCACCCCACAGCAUUAUACAUUUUGUGUCAGGGGAUUAAUGGACAAAAGUUCAUGGAUCAGGAUGAUAUUUGUAGUACAUGUGGGAGUCUGAGAGCUCAGAAAAAAUGCUCAGCUUGUAAAAUGGUUUGCUACUGCAAUCAACUAUGCCAAAAAUUACAUUGGAGCACACAUAAAAAGUUCUGCAAGAAGUUAGCAGAGGAAUACAAACAGUUAGAGGAAAAGAAAAAAGAGGAGGAAAAGGAAAAAGAAAGACAGGAACAAUUAUUGAAGGACCAGCAGCAGAAAACAAAUAGUCAACAAGAAAAACAGGAUAAAGACAUAACAGAGAAUGGAGUUGACAAAGGUUCUGAGGCAACAGAAGACAUCACUGCUAAAACAGCAGAACUGUAGACUGUUAUUAUCUCCUAGUCAUACAUUCCAUCCAAAAUCAUUGUUUUCUAUGUUAAGUCUGUAUGUUUAUGUUGUGUUUGUUAUUGAUAGACACAUAAGCAUAAUUUAAACUGAGAUUGCAAAGAUACACAAACCAGAAAAACAAAAUGGCAAUUAAUAAACAAGAGUCAAUGUUGCAGAAAGAGGAAGAUGACUUGUUCAUCUCAAGUUUUAGAUCCUCAUCUUGUUUUAAAGUUCAUAUUUUAUUGCUUACAUUCGUAUGUUGGUGCUAGAUAGAUCUGUGUCUUGUUUGUUUUCUUCUCUGUUGUUUACAUUAGUGAUUUUUAUUGAAGUUAGGCAGAAUAAUAUCAAUUAUGUUUGUGCUUUUCUUUAUAUAGGCAUUAGUCUUAUAACCUCUGUUAUAUAUUCCAUAUAUAAUAAGGUCAAAAGACAAUUUAAUAGGCAGAAAGAUGGAUUUUUUGAAUUAAGAUAAAUGAAGGGUUGUAGGUAUGUAUGCAUUUAU